AUGCCUACGGAGAGUUUUAUUGCAGCGACGCUAACAACAAAUAAAGCUGCUGCUCAUACAAGUGCAGCAUUAAAGGAUGUAGGCGUUUUCCUCUACCAAUAUCAACCUCAAAAUCUGUUCAGCCAUGGCUACAAGAAGAGCACAAGUCGUUCAGGAUGCGUUGCCGUCAGUGAUUCGCAUAUUUUCGCGGCACAAGCGGAUAAGGCAGUAAUCAAUGUCUACAGCAGAGAGCGAGGAAACCAAGAGGCGACAGUUCCCUUUCCCGAGCGGAUUCAUUGCAUCGCUUUUGCCGAUGGAGCUGCUUUACUUGUUCUUGGUACUGAAGAAGGGAAGCUGAUUUUAUGGGAGGUUGCUACGGGACGUUUGACCACUUCUUCGGCUUCUCAUCUUCAAACUGUGUCCUCCCUAUGCGUUACGCCCAAUAAUGAUUUCAUCAUUUCCGGUUCUGCAGAUACCAGUAUUCAUGUUUGGUCAUUACCAAGACUUGUAUCAUUUUCCCAAGGCUCGGGUGGGUAUGAAGAUGGUGAACCUACAAAUACUCCUGUCCGCACAUUUAGUGCACACCGAACCGCCAUUACUGCCAUUGCUUGUGGCCAUUCUAUGACCGAUACUAAUUUUGCUAUAUCUGCUUCCGAUGACGGAACGUGCUAUCUUUGGCAUAUCGGGACAUGCCAAACUCUAAGAACGAUUUUACUACCCACCAAAGCAAUCUCCAUUGCCAUUGACCCUGCUGAUCGUGUUCUGUAUUUUGGCGGACAAGAUGGGCAUGUUUAUUCCUGGGACAUUUUUCGACACUUUAGCAGCUGGAAAUCGAUGCCUAUUGGUUCUUCUGGAGUACCGGCUAGUCAAAUUACCAGCAAGGAUCGAUGGACUACCCCAUCUUCUGAGCGUGGUUCUACAAAUUGUCUAACGUUAUCAUAUGAUGGCACGGCUCUUGUCUCGGGCCAUACCAAUGGCAACCUGAUACGUUGGGACGUUGCCAAGCAUAGAAUACUGAACGAGUUGACCAACCUUGGACAACCGGUUACUUGCAUCAAAAUGUUGAAACCCGAUGGCAUACUCAUCAAGAAGCUACCAGGCUACAAAAUCAUCAACAUAGUGAAGCCAAAUCUCGAAUUCUCAUCCCAGCUGGAGAACGGUACGGUCGGAAUUCCUUCGAAAUAUAACUUCCAUGGAAUAAUUACGCCUUCCCAAGUGCCUGAGGAAUGCAACGAUGUUGAGCAAGCUCUGACAGGGUUAGGGUUUCCCCAAGCAAUGAUCGAUGACGCCCUUCGUGCACUUGCUGCCGGUUCUGCGGCGACUUCUUCUGCAUCAAACGGCGAAACCGCGGACUUCGAAACACAAAAACUUACGGAAGAGGUUACCGCCCUAAAGCAGCAGCUCGCGGCACUCAAUGAAGUCGAGGAAAAACGAAAGACGAGAAGAAUAGCACGAAUGGAGCAACGAGAAGAACUGGGUAUGAAGAAGCGUGAGGCAUAUUUCGAGGCAAAGAAAAAAGGGAAAGACGGCGAUGCGGCCAUGAAGAAAUGGGAGGAAAAGGAAGCUGAACUCGAUGGCGACAGCGACGCUGAAAUUCAAGGAGAUCAUAUGACCACGGACUGA